UGUUGAGGAAAGGUGCUAGUCUGGAUGCGUUUCAGAAGGCCUGUGGAAUCCGCUUGGCUCGGAGGCCGUUGAGUUGUAGUCUCCAUUAGUUCAUUUGUUGGAAAAUUGUUCACGGUCUUUAACAUUAUGUAUCGAGUAUUGGUGUUGCUGCUAAUCUGCCAGACACUUUUUCGUUCAGCAGCGUCACAAUGCCCGCCGAACCAAGUGACGUGUGACGGCCGCUGCGUCACGGCGUGUGACGGAUUCAUGGAGUGUCCCGACGGGGCCGACGAGACGACGGAACUCUGCAGCGCUAGGGAAUGCAGGGCCGACACCUCCCUCGGGCCUGCGGGCACGGUGGACGACCUGUCGGGCAUCCUGGACGGCGCAUCCAUCAGCGUCCCGUCGAUGUUCCGCUGUGGGUAUGGCGGGUGCAUCUUCAAUCAGCUCGUCUGCAACGGGAGAUACGACUGCUGGGACAAGUCGGAUGAGGACCCGGCCCUGUGCGCCAAGAGGAGCUGUAACAAGCGACAGUUCAGGUGCACAUACGGAGCUUGCAUACCCAGGGUGAGCACCUGCAACGGCUUACUCCACUGCCACGACGGAUCGGACGAGACUGCGGACCAGUGCAGGACGAAGCGGUGCAGGAGCAUCCAGUUCCAGUGCGCUUAUGGCGGCUGCAUCGACAAGAAGAAAACCUGUGACGGCAAAGCCGAUUGCCGCGACGCCUCGGACGAGGACCGCGCCAUGUGCGGGGCAGAGCACAACUUCGUCACCACGACUCUGCCGACCCUUAUGACGCCUCGUCCGGGUGCCAGCGUGACUGACGCGGUCACGGAGCCUCCGCCAGUAAUAACCAAACCGACGAUCGUCACGCCUAAACCGGAGACGUGUCAGAGCAGGGGGCUGUGCGCGUGCCCGCCGCCCGACAACCUCUUCUGCGUCCCGUGCAACAACGUCCAGCAAACUUGCGCGCAAAUCGCCCAGUCUGCCGUGUGCAGCACCCAGUCCGAGUUCAACGCAGGAUUAGUCGUGUCAGUGGACGUCCUCUCGUGUGGCGUUCAACCCUCGGUAGUAGAUAGAGAUAUUCCGUUGUAUGUGUGCGGUCACCGAGCUCACUUUCUGAGGCCAACUGGGGUGUUGUCAGCUAACGGCCCACAACCUCUAUGGCCAUGGUUGGUGAGGCUCUAUAGACACGGGAAAUAUGCCUGUAGUGGAACCCUGAUAACGCCGAAUUACAUCAUCACAGCCGCUCAUUGUGUGACCCUAACACAGGAAGUGUCAAGAGAAACUCUAGAUCUGGUGCACCUCAAUGUUCAGCAUCUGACAUCCGGUGGUGAGGUGAUUCUGAACAACGUGAGUACGAUCCACCUGUUCCCCGGGUAUGCCACGGGCCCACGACCCUCGAAGGACGUGGCUCUGCUUCGAGUGCUGCGCCCCGUCACCUUCUCCAACAAGGUCUUCCCCGCGUGCGUGAACAGCGGCAGGUUCCCCGCCAAUGAUAUAGCAGCGACCUUCAAGCCAGUCUUCACGCACUACCACUGGGACAUGAUACUCCAGAAGCACGACCCGCGCUGCCACUCGCCACAGGAGGUGUGCGGCAGCAUUCUGAAAAUCGACCUGGACCAGUUCUGCGGCCUCGAUAUAAAAACCAACCAGAUCCUGCCCGCGGGCUCCUCCGGCGGGCCCUACCUCGUCAACGUGGGCAGCGACGGGCGCGAGCACUGGGUGGUGGCGGGGCUGGUGUCGUCCCAGAGGACCGGCUGCGACAGGCCUUACACCAUCUUCACGGCCGUCGCGGACUUCUGGCCGUGGAUCGACAGGUGCGUCCACCAGGGGGCGUGCGCGUGAGUCUCGAGGCUGGCGACGGGGCUGUUGGUUGGAGCGUUUGGGCCGUUGGGCGUCAGGGUUUGGGGACUGGUGGUGGUGGUGGUGUUGCUGUUGUUUUAGGUUUUGCUGCAGGUCUUCUUAGUGUUGUUGUUACUUUUUUGUUGGUAUUGUUAUUAUUAAAUAUUAUUAAUCUUUAUUAUUAUUAUUUUAUUAUUAUCUACUACUAUUAUUGCUAUUAUCAUUAUUAUUUUUAUUACUGGUAUUACUGGUAUUACAAUUUUUAUUAUUGCCAUUGUAAUUAUUGUUAUUAUCACUACUGCUGUUGUCAUUAUUAUCAUAUAUUUGUUUUACUCAUGUACACAUUUUGCACCAAUGGCUUGUGUCUCGUUUGUACUGUUAUCUAUUUAUUUCCGGUGUCGAGCCAUGGGGUAGUGGGGGAAGGGGG